UCCUCUCCUCCUCUCCUCCUCUCUCCUCCCCAUGACUGACUGACAGUGACCUCCGUUUCUGCAGCGGCGCACAACUUAAAGACAGCACGCAAACUGCCCUCACACACACACGCACACACACACACGCGCACACACACACAACCCGCCGGCAGAGAUGGCCGGAAUAUUCGGGAAGAUCUUCGUGGGCAUUUACGUGGAGAUAAAACGGAGCGACGGACGGAUACACCAGGCCAUGGUCACGUCCCUGCACGAGGACAACGACAGCGUGACGGUGGAGUGGAUCGAGAACGGAGACACCAAAGGGAAAGAGAUCGAUCUGGAGAGCGUCUUUGCUAUGAAUCCAGAUGUUGCUCCUGAUGAGGAGAUACCACAGAGUCCCGAACCUCCUCUUCCGCCCUCGAACGCCGCCAAAACCAGCAAACUCCCCAAGACCAAACGGGUCACAGCCGCCUCGAAGGCUGAGAAUCCUCCCCGAGAGAACAGAGCUGCAGCAGUGGGAACGACCCGCGCCCGUCCCAGCCAGCACAGCCAGGCCGCGGAGCCGCCCCCCCCGGCCAUCACCCCCCAGUCCGCCCUCAACCAGACGCUGCUGCAGCAGCAGAACGCACGGAAGAAAUCCAACUGUGUGAAGGAAGUUGAGAAACUGCAGGAGAAACGAGAGAAGAGACGACUUCAGCAACAAGAGCUCAGAGAGAAGAGGGCUCAGGAGGUGGACGUCCAGCUACCAAACUAUGAAAUCAUGUGUAUGAUCAGAGACUUCAGAGCCAGUCUGGACUACCGGCCCUUAACCGGCAACGAUCUGAUCGAGGAGCACAGGAUUUGUGUGUGUGUGCGCGCGCGGCCCCUCAAUAAGAAAGAGCUGACCACCAAGGACUUGGACGUGAUCACCAUCCCCAGUAAGGACGUGGUGAUGGUCCACGAGCCCAAGCAGAAGGUGGACCUGACCCGCUACCUGGAGAACCAGACCUUCAGAUUCGACUACGCCUUCGAUGAGAACUCCACCAAUGAAAUGGUGUACAGGUUCACGGCUCAGCCGCUGGUGGAGACCAUCUUCGAGCGCGGGAUGGCGACCUGCUUCGCUUACGGGCAAACAGGAAGCGGGAAAACACACACGAUGGGGGGCGACUUCUCAGGAAAGAACCAGGACUGCUCCAAGGGGAUCUACGCUCUCUCUGCCAGAGAUGUUUUUCUCAUGAUAAAGAAGCCAAAUUACAAGAAGUUGGACCUUCAAAUCUUUGCUACAUUUUUUGAGAUUUACAGCGGGAAGGUGUUCGAUCUACUAAACCGCAAAGCCAAGUUACGGGUCCUGGAGGACGGGAAGCAGCAGGUGCAGGUGGUGGGGCUGCAGGAGAAGGAGGUCAAGUGCACAGAGGACGUCCUCAAGCUCAUCGAAGUGGGAAACAGCUGCAGGACCUCCGGUCAGACCUCGGCCAACGCUCACUCCUCUCGGAGCCACGCCGUCUUCCAGAUCAUUCUCCGCCGGCGGGGGAAGAUGCACGGGAAGUUCUCCCUCAUCGACCUGGCGGGGAACGAGAGAGGGGCGGACACGUCGAGCGCCGACCGCCAGACCCGCCUGGAAGGAGCCGAGAUCAACAAGAGCCUGCUGGCGCUGAAGGAGUGCAUCCGAGCGCUGGGCCUGAACAAACCUCACACUCCGUUCAGAGCCAGCAAGUUGACCCAAGUGCUGCGUGACUCCUUCAUAGGAGAAAACUCCAGAACCUGCAUGAUUGCAACCAUCUCUCCUGGGAUGGCGUCGUGUGAGAACACUUUGAACACGCUGAGAUACGCCAACAGAGUGAAGGAGUUUGGGAUAAGUCCUUCCGACAUUCCGUUCUCCCAGAGCGGCGGUGGGGGGAGUCGCUCCGAGCUCUCUCCUUCUUACGAGUAUGAUCCAUUUACACCACGUCACAAGGUGAAGGGACUCACAGUGGACCCCGAGGCAGAGAUGGACAUCCUGCAGGGGGGGCACGCCAACCAGCUGGAGGUGCUGGAGGCCCAGUGGGGGGUCGGGAGUUCUCCGCAGAGAGACGACCUGAAGCUGCUGUGUGAACAGAACGAGGAGGAGGUUUCCCCGCAGCUCUUCACCUUCCAUGAAGCCGUCUCCCAGCUGGUGGAGAUGGAGGAGCAGGUUCUGGAGGACCACAGGGCCGUUUUCCAGGAGUCCAUCCGCUGGCUGGAGGACGAGAAGGUGCUGUUGGAAAUGACGGAGGAGGUGGACUACGACGUGGAGUCAUUCGCCACCCAACUAGAACAAAUCCUGGACCAGAAGAUCGACAUUCUCACCGAGCUGAGAGAUAAAGUCAAGUCGUUCCGUUCCACCCUCCAGGAAGAGGAGCAAGCGAGCAAACAGAUCACCCCCAAGAGGCCUCGCGCACUAUAGACACGCUUCAAAUAGAUAUUUCCCUGUAACAUUGACUCGAGAAAGAUCAAAUCCUGCCGCUGAGGAGCUCCAGAGGUGAAUUUACAACUUCCUGUCUUCUGUGCGUGUGGUCUGUCCUCCACCUCUUUGCUGUACAGGCUGCCGUCGCGUCCCAUCAUGCAUCAGUGCAUCUGUAAGGCCAGAGAGCCGUCUCUGCGCUCCCAUCCUCCUGUGAAGUGUGUUUACAAGGUUUUGUACGUGUGAAACGUCACAAGUGCUUCAUUAUUUAAAAAAAGAAGAAAAAAAGGUGAACAACUAUUUGUUUUGAAUACAUUUUUAUAGAGUCAACUCACAGCUUAUCCUCACUUUGGCCAAUUUUAUAAACAAUUUUUGCCAUUUUGUGCAAUAUUAGGAGGAUUUUACUCCAGUCCCCCCCCCCCCCCC